AUGCCCGUGGACAUGGGCAUGGACUCCGUCCAUGAACUUCAAUUCUCCGGCUACAGCAGCACCACCACACCAACCAAGGAUGAUGAUUAUGCCGCCGGUUGCCAUUGGAACCACUGGUCCCCCCUUGUCAACUGGGAAGCCUUCGCCGGCGCCGAAGACGAUUUCCACGGCCUCAUAGAGUCCAUGAUAGAUGACUCUGCCGGCAUCCUCAGCCCCCAACACGGAACGGAAGAAGGCUGCAACUCGGCCAACUCUUCCUCGACUGAAGUAACCCUGGUGGACGAAGAGUUAAGCGACGGUGUCGAGGAUUUCAAGGGUCUCAGGCUGGUGCACCUUCUGAUGGCGGCCGCCGAAGCCCUCGCCGGCGCCAAUAAGAGCCAUGAUCUGGCUCGAGUGAUAUUGAUUCGGCUCAAGGAGUUGGUUUCCCCCACCGACGGCUCCAACAUGGAGAGGUUGGCGGCGUAUUUUACGGAAGCCUUGCAGGGUUUGCUAGAAAGCGCGGGGGACUCACAGGAUAACAGCCAUCACCACAGGCAUUUCAUCGGCAAUGGACCCCACCGUGAGGACCACCCUCCGAUGGAUAUGCUGGCCGCCUUCCAGCUCCUUCAGGACAUGUCCCCUUACGUCAAGUUCGGCCACUUCACCGCAAAUCAGGCCAUCCUGGAGGCCGUGGCCAACGAGAGGCGAGUCCACAUCAUCGAUUAUGACAUCAUGGAAGGCAUCCAGUGGGCCUCCUUAAUUCAGGCCCUCGCAGCCAAAACAGACGGCCUGCCCGGACCACACCUCAGGAUCACCGCAUUGUCCAGGAGCGGAGGCGGAAGAAGAUCCAUCGCCACCGUGCAACAGACGGGGCGUCGUUUGACGGCGUUCGCGUCUUCCGUGGGUCAACCGUUCUCGUUUCAUCAAUGCAGGUUGGACUCAGACGAAACAUUCCGACCUUCGGGUCUGAAGCUGGUUCGAGGAGAGACCCUGGUGUUCAACUGCAUGCUGCAUCUUCCCCACCUCACUCACCGGGCAUCCGAAUCGGUGGCAUCGUUCAUGAACGGAGCGAAGACGUUGAAUCCGAGGCUAGUGACACUGGUUGAGGAGGAGACCGGGGUGAGCGGAGACGGGGGGUUUGUGAGUCGUUUCAUGGACUGUUUGCACCAUUACUCGGCCCUUUACGACUCGCUGGAGGCGGGGAUACCCAUGCAAAGCGGGGCGAGGACGUUGGUGGAGCGGGUGUAUUUGGGUCCCCGAAUAGCGGGGAGGGUGGCGAGGAUAUACAGAAACGGGUGUGAAGAGGAGAGAGGAUCGUGGGGAGAGAGCUUGGGGGAGAUGGGGUACAAGGGAGUGGCCAUGAGCUUCGCAAACCAAUGCCAGGCGAAUCUGCUAUUGGGACUGUUCAACGAUGGCUAUAAGGCAGAGGUGUUGGGCUGCAAUAAGUUGGUGUUGAGUUGGAGAUGUAGGCGUUUGCUUUCCGCCUCUCUUUGGACAUCUUCUUCCCCCACUGCUUCUUCUCAAUCCUAGCUUAUUCUAAUUAUGCCCAUUCUCGCUUCUCUUUUGAUCUCAUGCAUCUUCUUCUGCUUUUGUGUCUGGGGACGUACACUAAUUCAUGAUUCGAGACGUCUUCUUCAUAAAGUGUUCGGUCGCCAUUGAAGAAUGAAUGCCUCAGGGUCUGUUCGAUGAAGCAGCUAGUAUCUGCUUUGUGUUUCCUCUCCUCCUCUCCGUUAUAGUAUUUAAUUUC